UAAAGGAGCAACACAACACGUAAAUGACCGACGAAGCGACAUCUAUCUUUCGGAGGAGCAACCAAGCAACCCAGAAAAUCCAGACUCCAGAGGAGAGAGAAAGAGUUCUCCUUCCCAUAUUUUGCCUUCUUCUUCACAAUAUUUGGUUUUAUUUAAUUCAAUUUUGAGGUUCUAAUCACAUAAUUCAUACCCAAUUUCCUUUUUCUCUGAUCAUCAAUUUCUGCACCGACAAAAUUGUUCUUUUAUUGCAUUACCAGUUACUCUACUUUUAGCUCAAUCUAACCCGAAAUUGGCAACAACCCAGCUGAAAAUCCAACAAAAAUGGAUGAUUUUGGUGUUUUAGUUCAAGGGUAUGGGAUCAAAUCCCAAGGAAAAUCAGCUCCAAUGGCUGCAUCCAAAACAACAGCUAAAAAGCCCAAUAAUUUUACCUCUGUAAAUCUAGAUCCGUCUUUAGGGACCAAACCCUUUUCAAAUUCUACACAUACUUCAAAUUCAGGGAGUGGGUCUUUUUUCAAUGAUCAAAAUGAUGAUAUUUUCGGGUUUAAUUCUAGUAAUAAACCCAAUAGUUAUGCAAAUUCGGAUGUUUUUGAUGAUGUGUUUCAAAUACCAAUUAGCAAUUCCGAGUCUUCCACUGGAGGUGGGGGUGGAGGUGGAGGUUUUGAUUUUGAUGUCGAAUCCUUGUUUAAAGGCUCAAUGAAUUUGAACUCAAACUCGAACUCGAAGCCUACCGAUGUUGUUGAUGAUCUAAUUUGGGGAUUUUCUGGGAGUGGGAGCAGCUCGAAUGUGGUGCUUGAAACUGAUGACUUGUUGUCAUCUGAUCCUGUUGAUGAUUUCUUGGGUAAAUUAGGAAAAUUGGGUACGAAUCAAAGAGGGCCAGAAAACAUAGGUUCGGAUGAUUUGAUACCGGGGUUUGGGAUGAGCAAUGCUACUAAGAAUAAUAGAGCUCAGGCUGCUUCAACAGAGAAGAGUUCAGGCUCUUCAACUCUUGAAGAAUUUGAAGAGUUUGUCACAGGCGGGACCAAAAAGAUUGCGAAGGGGCAUGUAAAUGGAACUUCACUUAAGAAGGAAGGGAAGAAGACAGUUGAGAAAAAACCAGAGGCGGCAAACUUUAUUGAUAUAGAGGGAAGUCUUAAUGGUGACAGUGUACAGAUGUUUCCAGAGGAAGCAUUUGAUCUGGAUUCAUUUUUUCCUGCAUAUAUUAAAAAGAGUGUACCUGUAACUGAAGACACAUCUUUGAAUGGAAAAACCAAUAAAGAACCUGAUCUGUUUUCCGGAAACACAUUUGGAAAGGAGAAGAAAGUGCCACCAAGAGAUUUUCCUGAUGAUUUCCAAUCAAUGUUUGGAGGUUCCCCUACGUCUGGAGUGUUUGAGGAGCUGGAAGGAGAAAGUGAUGAAAGACGAAAAUUACGAUUAGAACGUCACCUAAAAGCUGAGGCGCGUAUGGAACAAGCAUUGGCGGAGUUGAAUCAACGUGAGUAUCAAGCUCAGCAGGAGCAGGAAGAGAGACAUAGGAUUGCUGAAGCUAUGGAAGUGGAAAUGAAGCGAUGGGGUGCUGGGAAAGAAGGAAAUUUGCGUGCACUGCUGUCAUCUUUGCAACAGGUGCUUGCUCCUGAACUUGGUUGGCGGCCAGUUACUUUAGCAGACUUGAUUACUUCUUCCCAAGUAAAAAUUGCAUACAAAAAGGCUGCAUUGUGUGUCCAUCCUGAUAAAGUACAGCAGAAAGGUGCUAGUCUUCAGCAAAAGUAUGUUGCCGAGAAAGCUUUUGAUCUACUGAAGGAAGCUUGGAACAAGUUCAAUAUAGAGGAGCUUCGAUAGUGGUUUUGUAAGUUCAUUGCAUCACGUUUUUGUCCUUUGUCGAUCAGGUGUGCCGACCUUUGUAAAAUUACUGAAAUUUUUUGUGGAUAUUCUAUAGGAAUAAUUUUCUUUUAGUAUGUAUAUGUGUAUUUGUGUAGUCGUAUCAUAUUUUUUCUUUUCUAAGAGCGUCUUAUCAGUGCCAAAUCAAUAUAACGUUUGGUGAUAAUUUUCAGCAUACAUAACCCUAUCUUUUUGUUUUUUGUUUGAUAAUGGAAUGUCAGUCGACCCAUAUCAUUUUGGGUAAGGCUUUCUGGUU